GUCAGUAACUCAGUGUGUUAGCGUUAGCGCGCCGAUUCACUCGCUAAAACAUGAAGAUCCAUGCGGUGAUUUUUUUGUGUUGUGUUUUUGGGACAGUGUUCUCUGAGAAAAAAUACCCAGUCUCCUUUGAGGACGCUCUCCACCACCGUUUUUCACCCGAUGUGUUCAACGGCACAUGGAUAUCAAGUAAUGAAUACAUCUAUGAAGACGAGGGGAGUAUUGUCAAAUACAAUGUGGAAACCAAAGACACAAGUGUCCUCCUCAGCAAAAGUACAUACGACACGUUUAACUUGACUGAUGUGACUGUAUCAGCGGACGGCAAAUGGAUAGCUGUGGAACAUGAUGAACAAUCGAUUUUCAGGCACUCUACCACAUCUCUGUACACAUUAAUUGAAGCUGAAACUGGGACACAAUACAAGUUUGGCCGUGUACAGCUGCUUGUAUGGGCUCCUGUAGGUUCUGGGCUGGUGUUUGUGAAGGACAACAAUAUCUUCUACCAAAGUGAGGACCUUCGACGCAACAACACCUUCAAGAGGAUCACAAACUCUACCAAGGAUGUAUACAAUGGGGUGGCAGACUGGGUAUAUGAAGAGGAAGUACUAGAAGACACAAAAGCUCUUUGGUUCUCUCCAAAUGGAACAAGACUUGUGUUCGCAACAAUGAACGACACAAAUGUUCGCAACGUUACCUUCUGGAAGUACGGAGAUCCAGGCAGUUUGAACUCACAGUACGUUCAACAAGUGGUGAUCAAGUACCCCAAGGUUGGCACAAGAAACCCGGUUGCAUACUUGAACUAUAUUGAUCUUGUUGAAACAAAAGAUUGGGUCCCACAGAAAAUAAAGGCUCCAGAAGAUCUGGUAACUAGUGACAAUAUUUUGAGCAGUGUCAGCUGGGUAGAUGAGAGUCAUUUCUCCAUGACUUGGCUAGAACGCCUACAGACCUGGGGGAACACUCUAGUGUGUGAUGUCAACAACUUAGCCUCCUGUCAAGUGGUUUACUCGUACCGAGAGCCCAAUGGAUGGCUCAGCAUAGAAGAGCCAGUGUGGGUAAACAGCUCGGCUUUCCUCACAGUUCUACCUCAGGAACAGGGUGGAGACCUCGGAAACUACCGUCAGCUGAGCUUGGUGGAAGGGGGAGACAGUCGGCCGCUGACGUCUGGACUCAGCGUAGUCACGAGUAUAGAGUGCUAUGACAAACAGAACGGACUAGUGUACUUUACAUCAACAGUGAAUGGUGACUCAGCGAAAAAGUUGGUCUACAAGAUGGACGUGAACAACCCAGUUAGAAAAGAAUGUUUUAGCUGCAGAGUUCAAGAGGACUGUGCCUAUGGAACAGCAUCUUUCAGCAGGGAUUGUGCUUACGCCAUGCUUACCUGCCAAGGACCCAAUGUUCCGCAGUUUCAUAUAUACAACAAAGAAGGGACGUUGGUCCAGCACCUGAGUAACAACAGCGAACUGGCCGAAGCGAUGGAGAAGAUAGAUCUGCCGACCAAGUUGGACUUCUUAGUUCCAGUGCCAGGCAACUUUACAGCGAGAGUCCGUCUACUUCUGCCUCCCAACAUAGACAAAACUGGACGUACCAAGUACCCUGUGCUGUUCUAUGUCUAUUCGGGUCCAGACUCCAACAAGUUGAGUGAUGCGUGGAGUAUCCCAGGGUACGAGGAGUAUCUCUCUACACAGAGACAUGUUGUGAUGGCCUACCUGGAUGGACGGGGUUCAGGUCUGCGAGGUGACAAGCUCAAGUUCGCCAUCUACCACAAACUUGGCGGCCCUGAGAUAGAGGAUAUACUCAUCGUGGGAAGAUACCUGCAGCAGCAUUUCCCGUUUGUGGACCCCCUGAGGACAGGCAUCUGGGGGUGGAGCUAUGGAGGCUAUGCUGCUGCGAUGGCACUCGCCAAGGACGAGUUGAACAUCUUCCGCUGCGGAAUAUCUGUGGCUCCAGUCACUAAUUGGAUCUACUACGACACAGUGUACACGGAAAGGUACAUGGGGCUUCCAACCAAUGAGAGCAACCUUGCGGGCUACAAAGCUAGUGAUGUCACUGCCAGGGUGGCCAACUUCCGACACAAGCUGUACUACCUGAUACACGGCAACGCAGAUGACAACGUACAUUACCAGCAGAGCAUGAUGUUGUCCCGAGCACUGGAACUUGCGGACAUCAUGUUCUUUCAGCAGAGUUACCCAGACGAGACCCAUGCUCUUAGCCAUGUCCGCAGACAUCUUUACCACUCGAUGGAUAGGUUCUGGACUCGAUGUUUCCACCUAAACAGUUCUGACUACCUCGAUCCAGGAAUGUCGAGUGACCUAUCUGUCGAGUAUUCUGGCUCCGAGUAACAAAACUUUAACUCAUAUGCGACCUCCUUGAAAUUAUCCCAAUGUUUCUGGCUAAGUAUCCACAAUGUCUGCUGCAAAUUAUGUUGCUCUGUUGUUGUUGUUGUGUCUGUUUCAUUUUUAUAUCCAAACUUGUAUUGCUCUUCAUUGACGCUUAUUAACGUAGUUGUACAUUUAUGCAAUAAAGCUUUAUAUCUGUGAA